CGCAGGCGCACUGGGUCUGUCGCGCCGAAUUGCAGCCAUGGAGGGGGCACGUUCGGAACCAGAGAGGCAGCUGCAGCCGGCGCCCCUGGAGCCGCUGGGCGGCCUCGAUGCUGAGCAGGACGCUGCGGUCGGUGAGGAGGCGGAGGGCGACCUGGAAGAGGGUUCCGAGGACCGCAAGAUGACAGAAAAUAAUUUUUCGUUGAAAAAGAUAGAAAUCAGUGUUUCAGAAGCAGAAAAGCGAAGUGGAAGAAACGCCGUGAACAUGCAAGAAACAUACACUGCUUACCUCGUCGAAACAAGGUCAGUUGAGCAUAUUGACGGGCAGAGUGUCCUCACAGACUCACUGUGGAGGCGGUAUAGUGAAUUUGAGCUGUUGAGAAGCUACCUUUUAGUUUACUAUCCACACGUUGUUGUGCCACCACUACCGGAGAAAAGGGCAGAAUUUGUUUGGCAUAAACUUUCUGCUGACAACAUGGAUCCGGAUUUUGUGGAAAGACGACGGAUUGGUUUAGAAAACUUCCUCUUGAGAGUUGCUUCACAUCCCAUUCUUUGUAGAGACAAAAUCUUCUAUUUGUUUUUAACACAGGAAAGUAACUGGAAGGAGACUGUGAAUGAAACUGGGUUUCAGCUAAAGGCAGACUCCAGGUUAAAAGCGCUUAAUGCAACAUUCAGAGUGAAAAACCCAGACAAGAGAUUUACUGAACUAAAACACUACAGUGAUGAACUGCAGUCCGUCAUCUCACACCUUCUGCGAGUCAGAGCUAGAGUAGCAGAUCGACUCUAUGGUGUAUAUAAAGUACAUGGGAAUUAUGGACGAGUUUUCAGUGAAUGGAGUGCCAUAGAAAAAGAAAUGGGUGAUGGACUACAGAGUGCUGGUCACCAUAUGGAUGUGUAUGCAUCUUCUAUUGAUGAUAUUUUGGAAGAUGAAGAACAUUAUGCAGAUCAGUUAAAAGAGUAUCUUUUUUAUGCAGAAGCACUACGGGCUGUGUGUAGGAAACAUGAACUUAUGCAGUAUGAUUUGGAGAUGGCUGCACAGGACUUAGCAUCCAAGAAGCAGCAAUGUGAGGAAUUGGCAACUGGGACUGUGAGAACAUUCUCUUUGAAGGGAAUGACUACCAAGCUCUUUGGUCAAGAAACUCCAGAGCAGAAAGAAGCCAGAAUAAAGGUGCUAGAAGAACAAAUAAAUGAAGGAGAACAACAGCUAAAAUCUAAAAAUCUGGAAGGCAGAGAAUUUGUGAAAAAUGCUUGGGCUGAUAUUGAACGCUUCAAAGAACAAAAGAACCGUGAUUUAAAGGAGGCCCUCAUUAGCUAUGCAGUCAUGCAGAUCAGUAUGUGCAAAAAGGGAAUUCAAGUUUGGACCAAUGCUAAGGAAUGUUUUAGCAAGAUGUAAUCCUGUGAAAUGAAUUUCUCUUCAGUCAAAGUAUCCCAAAACAAAAGCACAAGUAAAUAAAAGAAAUUUAAGUUGCCACCCAGUGUACACAAAAAAUGUACAAUAAGUUCAGUAAAGUCAACUUCCUUUAACCUGACUGUAGUUGUGUUAAUAUAGCACAAAAAGGAUGUAUUUUAAUGAAGAUUAAUAUUAUGAUUGAGGUUUUGGGGACGGGUGCUGAUUCCAAAAAGUUAAUUUGAUAAUAUACACCAACAGAUUGUUUAUCGGGCUUCUGAACCAAUGACUGGAUGUCAGUAUGUUAGCUAAUUUCUGGAUGCUCGUUUCAACGCCAGCUGUUUCAGAUCUGUAAUACAGGGAUUUUUUUUCCUAAGAUUGAAUUCCAGUCUUUACCAAUAUGUUAUAAGGGGUUAUUUUUCUUGCCUUGUAGAGCCAUUUGGUUUGACAAAGCUCAGCAGAAACUUAGUGUGAAAUCUAAGAUUUUCUCCCACAUUCAUUGAUGCCCCCUGUAAUAUUUGCAUACACUAGAAAAUGCCUUCAAUUUGUGUUUUACCAGAAUUUUGAUACUGGUCAAAAAUUUUAUACUGCCAGCAAAGAAGACUCAACUUCUCAGAUAUAUAGUGGAAUACAUUGUUAUGAUCCAGAAAUCACUAAAUAGAAUGUUUUAAUUGAGUAUGUUAUGUCUAAGAAUUAAAUUCUUCUAAAAAAAUUCUUAACCUCGGUGAUGAGCCUAACUUUACUCUGCUUGGCUCUCUCCACAUGGCAUUUCAGGGUACGAGAUGUAGCAUUUCAGUGUAUAAGAUGUAUGUAAUAAACGAUAUAUGUUAGUAUCUUCAUUAUUAACAUCCUUCUUUUCUAUUGCUUGGCUGUAGUUUUUGUAAAAAUAAAUUAUAUUGUUUUUUUUUUUUUACGUGUGUGUGUGUUUUCAUGCUGUAUGUUCAGAAGCCAAGCAUCCUUAUUUUGCGAGCUUUGCAGAAUCUUAAAUGUGUACUCGUUGUUUCUAAUUAUGUAAAAAAACCAGUUUAGCAUUUGACUUUUUUACAUGUUUAAAAUGUUACUGGAUUUUUGUGCUGUUUGCCAAACAUACAAUAAAUAAAUGAUUAUGCUGA